CUCCAUGAGCAGGUUGCUAGGUAAGAGCUGGACAGGACAGGGAGCGCAGUUGAACUCACAUUGUCUUUGUGCAGUUUGGGGCAAGUGACAGAAACUAGGCUUAUUCACAUCACAAAAAGGGCUUCAUGGGGAAGGAGCUGUUCUGCUUCACUAAACUGCAGCUUUCUUCGACUUUGGUACAAAGGAGGAUCUGUCCGCCUCGCUGCAGGUAGAUAACUGUGCACAGAAGUAAGGCGGAAGCUGCUCGUGCGAGAGGAAUCAACCUGUUCGAUGUUUUCCCGAUUUGCUUCGACCGUCCGGAUCAAAGCAGCAGUUAAAGGGAGGCGUUAAGUUCCCCGAGCGAGUGGUGGAAGCAGUGAAAUGGACCCAAGCUGAUGCUCAGUAACCCCAGCCUGCCCCGCAGAGAUGGCAGCCUGUCCAGAGGUGCUGCCCUUACCUGAAGCCGUGGUUGGGAGCGUUUUACUGCUGGUGCUGAGCAGUAAUCCCGUAUGGGGAAAUUCCAAUGCUACGACCGCCAGUCCCACUAACAACACAGGACCAAACAUUGCGGUUAUCGUGGCCCCGACAGUCACCCUGGGUAUUCUGGCCAUAGUUCUGGGCGUUCUCGGCUGGCUGUUCUUUGUGGUGAAGAAGAAAAGACAAACCGAAGGAACCUACAGGCCCAGCGCUGAGGAAAAUUCUGGCCCUUGCAGCGUGGCCGCACCAGAUGCCUUACAGCUACCAAAGGAGGAGAGACUCAUUUGAGAUUUGUGCAAAAUACCAAAACGGACAAAAAGUUGCAAACACUCGGUGUUGCUAAGUGAUGUGGCUUUAAGCUGAUAAACUGAGGAAGAACUUCAGGUUCAAGAGAGGAUGGGGAGUGAGUUUUUAAACUCCACAGCAUGAUGCAUAAACCCACUGCUUCCUUUUUAAACAAGCACUGAACUGCACUCGACGAUCUUAUGGAGGGAAUCAAGAACAAUUAAACACUUCAAUCAACUCUGAAUGUCAGAUAAGCACAUUUGAUACUGCAGUAUUUCAUAGGCAUUAAUAAUUGUAGCUAUUAUAUGUUUUCUUUUUCUUUUUUUGGGUUAGUAUCCAUAUGCCAAUGUAACACAUCACUUGAUUAAGCCCAUUAUGAUGUCACUUUUAAAUCUAUGCUAUAAUGUUAGAUUAUUUUUUUCAGCUAAUUUCAUUUGAAAUGAACAUGGAAGUCUCUUUUUAUUUGAUGAAUUAUAUCAAACAUGAUUUUAUUUUAACCUUAACCUGCUGUGUAAAUAUAAAACAGUUUUGAUUUUCUCCAAGCAAAAGCAAAAAAGCUAUCAAAUGUUUACACUUUGAAGUAUUCUUGGAGCAAUCAUUAUUUACAGUGGUAUGGUUCAUACAUUUCAUCAGAUCAAUUCUGCAUGUUUAUUUAUGCUUUUACCAAUUAAAUAGUGAAAUAUUAGUUUGUGUUACUGAACGUGUCGGUCGAGCAUGAAGAUGGUGGACAAAAUGUGGUUGAGGAAACAGAUGUCUAAACUAAUAAUUAAGUAUCAACACGUACAGUUUCUGAACUUACCAAAAUAUUCUCAGGAUGAGAAACCUUAUCAUUGUAUUUGUACAAAAAGUCUCAGAAUGAUAAAACAACUUUGCAGAUAAGCAUUUCCUGUAACAAGAAUGUGAGAAGAGUAAAUGCAGAGUCAUGGUUUAAGUCAUUUGUUGAAAAACUAGCAGAAGGAAAGCGCUGUUCCUCUCUACCAGCCGAUAUUCAUAGAAAACAGACUGAACUUUCAUUGUCCCAGGCUUCAGUUCACACCAUGGACUUACUGUAUGUUACAAACUGAUUAUUCAUAAUGAAAGGCUGUCACCGAUAGCUCCAAGUAACUUUGCUAUCAUAAUCUGAUAGCAAAGUUAUCAGAUUGGAUUGUAAAAUAUAAACAGUGUUGGCUAUAAGUCUCUUUAAUUGAGGUAUUGAUUAUAAAUUAUAUAUUAUAUCUUUUUUCCUGUGGUACUGAAAAGCCUUUCAUUAAGGUGAAGCAGCAUUUUUACAGCAUUUUUCAAAACAAUGUGAGACUACCUUAGUAACUAAUAAUUUCACACAAAGACUUUUUGACCUUUUUGGGAGAAAUUGAUAGAUUCACUCAGUCCAUAGAUGAUUAGGGUAGAGCUUUCUACAAUAUCUAAUGGAUUGAAUUUAAAUUGUGUCAAAAUUCACCUGCCUCAUGGUUCUGCUAAAACCUGGUUUUUGCUCCCCUUUCUUACAUUGAGCAUGUAAAGGAAGCAGUUUUUCUUUGAUGAUUUGGUUAAUUAAGGGAAAGCAAUCCAAAUAAAACCUGGCCCUUUCUAAAGAAGCAGUAGUCAACUUUGUUAAAACAUUAACUAACUGUGAUUAACCAUAUUCCUUUGCUUUAGUUUCAGUAGCCACACCCAGGUCUGACCUAGAGAAUCACUAUAUCACCAGAAUAGACAACGUGAAGUGUGCCAAGAUUUAAGGAAAUUCAAGGAAAGAUGAAUAGUCAUUUAAACAUGAAUGGGUUACAGAAAACUCCCCAGGGUUUUUGAUCUCCAGCGAACAGCAACAAUGAAAACGUUUAUCCAAAAAUAGAAGGCAUGGAAGACUGAUGAACCUUUCCAGGAAAAACUGGUUUAUCAAAGCAUGAGUGCAGUGAUAACUCCUUCUGUAAGUGUGGGUAAAAACAUAUCUUGGAAAAUUGCAAGGCUAAAAUCACCAUUGCUCAAACAUAAAAGAAAGGACAGUUUCACAUUUCUUAAAACAUCUUCUUGAUGAUUCCCAAGACCUUGGAGAGGGAGUCUUGUCAAUUGAUAAUAAAAAAAGGAACGUUUUGUAAGGCAUGGAUUCUGUUUCAUUUAACAUGAAACUAGUACAGUCAUAAUGAAAGUCAAAUAAGGUGGUGAUAAUGUGAUAAUCUGGGCUGUUUCAGUGCAUGCAUGCUUGACUUGACUGUGCAAUAGAUAAUCCUGAUGGAAUCAAGUGAGAUAAUUUGGCAUGAAUCAUGAAUCGCAGAUCACUUGGAUUGGAUACCACACAACCUGUUGCUGGAUUAAAAACUACUCUGCAGACGAGAGUGGGUCAGGAUUCCUCCACAGGGAUUUAAGGGACUCACUGCUGGGGGCAAACUGGCACUAGAUUGUAUUUAACAAAGCUUUCAGUGUAGCAAAAGUGAAAUCUGUAAGGGGUCAAAUGUUAUGUUUUAUUGAACUCCAUGUAAAGCAGUACAUAAAUAUCCAGUCUUUAAAUCUGACUGAUUAGUUUGAACUGUUAUUGCAGUAAUCUUAAACAUAUUUAAAACAUUAAAGAUGAUUUACAAAUUAA